AUGGAUCCCGUGAGCAUUAUCGGCAUAACCGCUGCCGCUGUCCAAUUCGCGGACGUCGGAAAGCGCCUUCUGUCGCGGUUUCAUGAAAUUGACGGCCGGACCGAUCAAGAGAGGGAAGCUCUCACAUUGCUGGGAGACUUGCGCCAGAUGGCUGCGCAGACACUAGACCAUCCCAUCUGCGCAAAACACUGCCGCAUGAUGCACGACCAGACACGGGUUUUCAAUUCCGACGAGAAUCCUACAGCCGUUCUCCAGGAGGUGGAGUCCAUUCCUACCGAGUUCGAGGGUAUCCUAACACGUCUGGCGGCACGGUCUGAUGUUAGUGGCGAGGGUGGCAGCAAACGCGUGUCGAAAUCAUUGGGGGCGGCCGCCGGGAGCAUGUACGAUGAGGGCAUGGUUAAGAAGCUACGCGCGCGGUUGGACGAGACAGAGAAGCGAGCCAUACGAUUUACAAUUCUUUCUUUAUGGAUCCAAACGAAAGAAAGUGCUAUAAGAGUUGAACAGUUCGGCUCCAGGAUAAAUGAUGUUCUGGAUACUAACGAAUUAUUGAACGACGAUGACGUCAACGUUGGGGCCAGAGUGUAUCGAGAACUGGUCCAGGAGCUGUGGAUGUCAGCACGCAGCCCAAAGCUAGAACCGGCCAAGGUGGCGGACGACUUUGCGCUGAACAUCCAGUGCGCAAUAAGCAGAGGCCUUGUGUCUGGCGUCUUUGACGAGAUCAGCAACAGGGAGAAGCUUAUUGCAGAUGCAUACGAAAACACAUUCUCAUGGGUCUUUCAGAAAACCCCGGUGAUCGAGGCCGGAAAACACCUCUGGUCAAGCUUUCCUAAGUGGCUCGAGGGUAAUGACAAGUCGGUAUUCUGGAUCACGGGGAAGCCGGGGUCCGGGAAAUCAACACUGAUGAAGUUCAUUCUCUCAAGUGACGAGCUCAGAAAGUUUCUCGAGAAAUGGGCGGCCGGACUUCCGCUGCAAGUGACGAACUUCUACGCCUGGGUUGCCGGAUCAGACUUACAAAAGUCUCACCUAGGUCUCAUGAGGACUGUACUGCAUCAAUGUCUCCAAUCAAAUCCUGGCCUAGCUUCGGCAGUUGCCCCACGAAGAUGGGCUCUCUUCUCUACGCUGAGGAGCUGCGAAAAACAGCCGACUUGGGAGGAGUGGGAACUGAAAGAGUCUUUCGAGUAUCUGCUGUCGGGAAUGGUCAAGACACAUCGACUUGCAUUCUUCAUUGACGGACUGGAUGAGUUUGAGGUGUCUCCGGCUCAUACCUUGGCUCUGGUGAAGGAUAUUGGUGCCCGCGAUGGUAUCAAGGUCUGCGUUGCCAGCCGUCAGUGGAGAGAAUUCAACGACGAGCUCGGGAAGUAUCCGGUGCUACGGAUGCAGGAUCUUACGGAAGAAGACAUGACACACUUCGUUAGGGGCACCUUCUCCUCUAACAGAGGUUUCCAGGAGCAAAUCCAUAUAUUUCCCGACGAGGUCGAGUCCAUCAUACUGGAGAUUGUCAACAAAUCAAGCGGCGUCUUCCUAUGGUCAUAUUUGGUUGUCAAAAACUUGUCCGAAGCCUUUACAGACGGCGAGGGACUGCUGCGGUUGAAAGAAAUCCUCCACAGUCUCCCGGAGGAUCUCAAAGAUCUUUAUACGAGCAUCUGGGGACGCAUGGGUCACCGCAGUCGAGACUUUGCGAAACUGAUGGCUCUAUUCAGGGCGUCAGAAGGACCACUGCACUUGCUGAAUCUAUGGGUGGCAGAUGGCGGGCCCCAGGGCCUUACUGGAUUUGACCUACUCAAUCUCUCCGUCGUUCGCUUGUCAGGCAUUCGCAGUCAAGUGAUACGUCGCCUCGACAGUCAUACACGUGGGAUCUUGGAGCUCUCCAAGGACGACAACGUCGAGCUACUCCACCGUACUACCUUGGACUGGGCCAAGAGAGAGGAGAUUUGGAGUGACAUAAGCUCGCAUCUGGAUGCGGACUUUGACCCUUUCAUUGAACUAAUAGAAGCUGAAGGUAUCAUGACGCGGAGGAGGCUGAGACAUAUUGAUAUGCCUUGGCGACAAUCUGAGCCGGAUCCGACCUUGACGCAACGGAUUUAUGAGGUCUUGCGCUACGCGAACAAGGUCAGGCCCUCUGUCCCCAACACGCAGCGACUCGUCCAAAUCCUUGACGACUUCGACAAGGACAUGACAGACACGUGGAGCCCGAUGGGAGGCAACCGUGACGCGAUGGGCAACAAAAUCCGAAACAGUGAUUGGCCGUACUAUCAAGGUCCGGAAUGCGACUUCCUCGGCCUCACCGCUCGCUAUUGCGCGGACACUCGCUACUAG